CUCCUGAGCUGUGAGCCAAUGGAUGGAGCGCGGCGCUGCGUCGGUCAUUAGCGAGUCACUCCGGCGAUGAUUAACGGAAGUGACCGCCCAGUAUCCGCUGCGUCCAACUCGCGUUCGCACUUGACUUUAUUCACGCGCGCUUUAUCCCACCGUUGAUGGAGCCGCUUCAGCAAGCGCGCACAGCCAACGCGGAACACGCGCGUUACCGCACGGCACACAUGGCUGCACAUUUACGGAGAGCUUUUUCCACUUUCCUCUGGAUCGUUACUUUUGUUUCUAGCUCGCGGACGAGGAUUUAUCCACCUAAUGAAGUGACCCUGCUGGAUACCAGGACAGUGCCAGGAGAGCUGAAAUGGGCAGCCAGUCCUUCAGAGGGAGGGUGGGAAGAGGUCAGUAUCAUGGAUGAAAAGAACAUCCCCAUCAGAACAUACCAGGUGUGCAACGUCCUGGAACCCAGUCAAAACAACUGGCUGAGGACAGACUGGAUCCCUCGCUCCGGCGCUCAGAGGGUGUACGUGGAAGUCAAGUUCACCCUGAGAGACUGUAACAGCCUACCAGGGGUCACCGGCACCUGCAAGGAGACAUUCAAUCUGUAUUACCAUGAGUCCAAUGAAGACAGAGAGAACUACAUGAAAGAGAACAGCUUCAUCAAAGUGGACACCGUGGCUGCAGACGAGAGUUUCACCCAGGUGGAUGUUGGUGACCGCAUUAUGAAACUCAACACUGAGGUGCGCGAUGUUAAGUUGACUACCCGGAAAGGUUUUUAUUUGGCCUUCCAGGAUGUCGGCGCCUGUAUCGCUUUGGUUUCCGUCAGAGUUUUCUACAAGACGUGCCCCCUCACCAUCCGUAACUUGGCAUCAUUUCCCGACACCGUUACUGGGGCUGACACCUCAUCCUUGGUGGAAGUCAGAGGGUCCUGUGUCAACCAAUCAGAAGAGAGAGAAGAGCCUAAAAUGUAUUGUGGAGCUGAUGGAGAGUGGUUGGUUCCUAUUGGUGGAUGUCAGUGUAAUCCAGGAUAUGAAGACAAAGGCGGAGCCUGUAAAGCUUGCACUGUAGGUUUCUAUAAGGCCCAGUCUUCAGAUGGAGGAUGCUCUAAGUGCCCUCCACAUAGCUACUCACUCAGAGAGGGUGCGACAAUCUGUGACUGCCACUCUGGAUACUUCCGCGCCAGUGCUGACCCUCCCUCUAUGGCCUGCACUCAACCACCAUCGGCGCCACAGCAGUUGAUCUCUGUGGUGAACGAGACAUCAGUGGUCCUGGACUGGAGUCCCCCCCGCCGUCUGGGAGGACGCGCCGAUAUUAGCUAUAACCUGGACUGUCUCAUGUGUCAACCUGGCAGUCAAACAGGAAGUCGCGUGCUCCCCAAGAAUCAGAGCAUCUCGCAACUUGAGGCACGGCACAGCGGUUUUGGAAUGCAGUCGGAUCAGGGGAUCGUGGGAUCUGACAUCCAGUCAGAAAGAGGGGUCUUCCACAGCAGGCCCGGAGAGCACCCCAGACUUGGCUCUGGCUCAGUCGCUGGAUCUCAGCUCUGUUUGCCAUGUGGGUCAGACGUGCUCUUCACGCCGAGCCAAAGUGGCCUGCGGACCACAAGGGUGAUAGUGAGCGAGCUCAGGGCCCACACGCACUACACCUUCAUCAUCCACGCACUCAAUGGGGUUUCACAUGUCAGCAGAGCAGGAGCAGCCCAGAGUGUAUCUGUCACUGUGACUACCAACCAGGCUGCUCCUUCUCCAGUCUCCUCCAUCCAAGCCACUGAUGUCACAAGGCACAGUUUGUCGCUGUCCUGGCAACAGCCUGAUCGAUCCAACGGCGUUAUCCUGGAAUAUGAGGUCAAGUUCUAUGAAAAGGAUCAGAAAGAGAGGUCGUACCGCAUAAUGAGGACCUUCUCUCAGAGCGUUGAUGUCACGGGUCUCAACCCCCUGACUGUGUACGUGUUUCAUGUGCGCGCCCGCACAGCUGCUGGCUAUGGAGACUUCAGCACUCCCUUUGAAUUCUCCACUAAUUCAGAUCCUUUUCCGCUGAUUGGAGAAGGAGUUAACUCUGCCUUCCUGCUGCUGUCUGUCAGCGGGGUUGGAAUUUUACUGCUGAUCUCCGCAGCUGUCUUCAUCAUUAGUCGCAGGAGGAGUAAGUACAGCAAAACAAAGCACGAACCUGAGGAGGAGAAACAUCUUAAUCCAGGAGUGAAAAUCUACGUGGAUCCGUGGACUUAUGAAGAUCCAGAUCAGGCCAUCCAUGAGUUUGCCAAAGAGAUCGAAGUCACCAGUAUUCACAUCGAGAGGGUUAUUGGCAUGGGAGAGUUUGGGGAGGUGUGCAGUGGACGGUUACGUGUCCAAGGAAAGCGUGAGAUCUACGUGGCCAUCAAGAGCCUGAAGGCGGGAUACUCUGACAAACAGCGGAGGGACUUCCUGUCUGAGGCCUCCAUCAUGGGACAGUUUGACCACCCAAACAUCAUCAGGCUGGAGGGUGUUGUCACUAAAUGUAAGCCACUGAUGAUCAUCACAGAAUACAUGGAAAAUGGAUCCCUGGAUGCAUUUCUUAGGAAACAUGACGGCCAGUUCACAGUGAUCCAACUGGUCGGUAUGCUCCGUGGCAUUGCCUCAGGUAUGAAGUACUUGUCAGAUAUGAGCUAUGUUCACCGAGACCUGGCAGCUCGAAACAUCCUGGUCAACAAUAACCUAGUGUGCAAAGUGUCUGACUUUGGUCUGAGUCGAGUUCUAGAGGGUGACCCAGAGGCUGCGUACACUACAAGGGAAGUCACUGGGACAUACCUUUCACCUGGAGGGAAGAUCCCCAUCAGGUGGACUGCUCCAGAAGCUAUAACCUUCAGAAAGUUCACCUCAGCCAGUGAUGUAUGGAGCUAUGGGAUUGUCAUGUGGGAAGUGAUUUCAUAUGGAGAGAGACCCUAUUGGGACAUGAAUAACCAGGAUGUGAUUAAAGCAGUGGAAGAGGGUUACCGUCUGCCCGCUCCCAUGGACUGUCCUGUGGUGCUGCACCAACUCAUGUUGGACUGCUGGGAGAGGGAGAGAGCAGAGAGACCAACCUUCAGCCAGAUACUCAACAUGCUUGACAAACUCAUACGGAAUCCAGGGAGUCUGCGUCGGACAGGAGGGGACCGGACCACAGCCACUGUUCUGGAGUCAGGAGUUGGUUCAGAGGUGUGUGUGUCAGUGGUACCUGAGCUUUGUGUGCCAGAGUGGUCGGUGUGUGAGUGGCUGCAGUCUAUCGGGCUGGAGCGCUACAGAGACACACUGGCGGCAGCAGGAUACACCAGCCUGGACAGUUUGCUGUCUCUCACACACCAGGAGAUGGACAGACUUGGAAUCAUGACAGCAUCACACCAGGACAUAAUUAUCGCUCGUGUGCAGCAAGAAAUGUUGACCCAAAUGCAACAAAUGCAGCACACAAUGGUUCCAGUCUGAGGGCGGGACCAGACACAAAGCUGUUUGGAGAAGAUUCAUUUACCUCACCUGUGCACUUUAGAGGAACGUUUCACCAGUGUAAGUACAAGAACUUUAAAGGAAACAAUGAGAAGAGGAAAGAAGAGAGAGAAAAGCAGCACUUUGGCAGACUGCUGUUGUGGAUUUUUGCAGUCCCCUGAUCUCAAAGUAGCCACCUACAGGCUACUGAAUGCUUUGCCUCUCGUCCACUUGUGUUUAACAUUACUUUAUUUACUGUUUUGUGAAAGCUGACUUGUAAAGCUGUGCAUAAGCAGAAUGGCUUCCAACGUUUUUUGUAUUUUUAUUUUAAUUUUUAUUUCGCUGCUUUGGCCUUGACUUGAAGAAAAUGUGUUUGCGUCGCUGUUCAAAUGUGUGGGUGUGGGGGUCCCGGGUGGGGGGCAUUUCCCCUAUGUGUGGUUGCAUUGUGUGAGUGCAAGGCAGAUAUCAGUUGUCUUUGAAUAUUUCCAAUAUGCAAAGCGAUGAGAGUGAAUGGGAGGAGCCAGACUGAAUGUAUCAUUCCAAGGUUUCAUGGUUUCAUUUUAAAACAUCAUACUAACAAACUGUAUGAUUCUCUAUGUUUUAAUUGGGUUUUUUUUGUUGUGUGAAUAAUUGUUCUUGUUUCUAUGGACUUAGAUAAUUAGACUAGAAUGUUGUCCAUGCCAUUUGCAUAUGUCUGUUGUUUGACGUAAAGAAUUAGCGACAUGAAGUAUUUCAUUUAUUUAUGGUCUUUCUUUAAAUCCACUUUUAAAUUUGUAAAAUAGAGACAGCAAGGAAGAAUUGUAAUGACUACCAUGUUGCAUUGCAAUAAAUGCCA